AUGGCUACUCGAAAGGAGAGAGCUGUGAGCAUUUUCCAAGUCAUUCUAAACGAGUUCUACCGUUGGGCCAGUCUGAAGGCGGAAUCAUCUGAGAGAAGACGUUACUUCUGCCGGAUCUACGACUACAUCGAGUAUCGGGUGAGCUGCUACACGGAACAACUGCCUGUUACCGUACCACUGCCGAUGGACCCCGCCAGAUUUCAUCUCCGGACUAUUGUACUCAUGAGAGCACACGUCAACAAACGGUCAUCACAGCCAAAUUUUGCGGACCAGAGGGACGAUCAUAUGAAUUGCGAAUGGAUUCUGCGUGGAGUGUGGCAUGAGAUUUUCGAUGAGUACAUGGAGACACAGAAAGAUACAUCGUAG